ACAUUGACGAAUAGUGUAUAGACAUGGCAGAGCAAGUAUUUUUGUAUUCAUAUGUAUAUUCGUUACAGUGUAUUUUAUGGUUAUGGUUAUGUUUUGUGUCAAUCAUGGAAACCCAAGAUACACUGAUGCAAUCAUUUGUAUUGGUUUAUACAGGAAUAAUGAUGAUGUGUAUGCAUUCUUAUUUCUGAUGUAUUAUUUUUAUCAUAUUAUCAUGUACACGGAUAGUAAGUUACAUUGAAAACAAAUUUGCCCGUAGGUGUGAAUGUGAGCAUGAAUGCUUCUUUGUUUCUAUUUCCCCUGCGAUUGUCUGGCGACCAGUUCAGGGUGUCCUGCUCACAGUUAGCUGGGACAGGCUCCAUCACCAUUGUGAGGACGAGCGGUACAGAAAAUGGAACGGACGGAUUUGGCGUUGCCUUGGAUUUCAUGAAACAAGGACAAAUCUUGAAUGGAUGAUGCUGACCCGAUUGGGUUUUCCAAUCCAGCGAUUCGCGUGACAAAAGAAGAGACCGAGCGUCUGGGUCCGGUUUUCACUUGAGUUCAUUUCAAGCGUAAAAAGCCAAAUAUUAAAUGACAGCAGCGAGGCCUGGGCUGCAUGUGGUCCCGUGCAGAGCUGUCACGAGGGCUCGUGUAAAUAUGGGACAGUCUGGAAAUGGAUUAACAUUUGCAGGGGCUGCAUGAUAAAACGACAUUAAUCGCCUUUUCUGACCAUGGCCAGUGUCUGGAUUAGAAUUUCCAUUUAGAAUAAACACACAUGCACACACAUAAGGUCUUUCGUUAUGCAAAUGUCAUUUGUCUUUAAGAUGAUGUAAGACAUAAUUGGACCCCGCGCUCUCUCUCUCUUUCUCUCUCUCGCUCUCUCUCGUUCCCAGCUUAGCUCAACAUGAUCCGAAACCGUCUGCUGGGCGCACUCAGCACUUUGGAGGCAUGUGGUUGCACCUCGGAGUCCCCGCACUUGCGUCCACUUCUGCCCCCACCUCACCCAUCCCGCCCAAGCACCUUCCAGCCUCCAGCCAGAGUGGAAUCCCGACUUUUACGCACUGAUCUCGGACCGCGUGUAAACAAUACGCUUAUUACAUUGGAUUUUUUUUUUUAAAGGCUGAAUUAUAUUUGGUGUAUCGGAGCGCGGAGAUGAAGUUUCUCUUGAGGCAUCGCAGUGGAUGCGUGUAACACGAUGAGGUCAUGAUGAUGAUCGAUUGCUUUGCAAAAUCGGAUGCGCCCAUUUACGCACGGGCUGGAAGGAUUUAAGACCGGGACACACCUUGGAUCGUGGACGACCGCAUCUCGGUCUUGGGAGCGCUUCGCCGGCAUGCAUCUGCACCGCACGCCCUGAACUCGACGCCAUCUAUCCACUGACAUUCCAAGGCGAGAUUAGGACGAGAAGGGGGACAUGAGCGAAAACUGCAAGCCCGCAAAAGAGGCCGGCUCGGCGCAGAGCCCUCCGUCGGAUGUCAUCGAGCUGAAUGUUGGGGGGCAGGUGUACUACACCCGCCACGCCACUUUAACCGCCUUCCCGAAUUCCCUACUCGGGAAGCUGUUCUCCAACAAGAAGGGCUCCUCCAACGACCUGUCCCGGGACUUUCGAGGACGCUACUUCAUUGACAGAGAUGGCUUUUUGUUUCGCUACGUAUUGGAUUACUUGCGCGACAAGCAAGUCGUCCUCCCGGACCACUUCCCCGAGAGAGGACGGUUGAAACGCGAGGCGGAAUACUUCCAGCUGCCAGAUUUAGCCAAACUUUUAUCGUCCGAGGAGUCCAAACUCUUCCCGGACGACUGCAGCGAUAUGGACGACGCGUCCGUUGGCAGCGAGCACAGGUUUUAUCCGUCUUACUCUCUAGACCAGCGGUACGGCUACAUCACGGUGGCUCUAAAAGUAGCGGCGGGAGCCAAAGAACGCGAGCCCGACUCCAAGAGUCGAAAGUUGCCCAGGAUCUUCAUCAGCAGCAGGAUCGCUUUGGCCAAGGAGGUCUUCGGAGACGCGCUCAACGAGAACAGAGACGCGGACCGACCCCCCGACCGCUACACGUGCAGGUUUUACCUCAAGUUCAAGCACCCGGAGAGGGCGUUUGACAUGCUGUCAGAGAGCGGCUUUCACAUCGUGGCCUGCAACUCCUCCUCCACCGCCGCCUCUGUCGCUCAUUACGGGGAAGACAGGCUCUGGUCCAACUACGCGCAGUACGUCUUCUACCGUGGGCCCUCACGGUGGUCAUCCUCACACUGCGAUUGCUGCUGCAAAAGCCACAAAAGUGAGCGCGAGGGAGAGAGCGGCACUUCCUUCAACGAGCUCUCCACUUCCUGCUCCGAGACCCAAUCGGAGGCCAGUUCCCCUCAGGGGACUGUCAUCUGUGGCCCGGUGAGUCGACGCCCCAACAUCCAGUCCCUGGACCGACCCAUGCAUAAAGGGCCCGCUCACAUGAUGCAGCAGUCUGAGAUGCGCCGUAAGACUGACAUGCUGCGCGGGAGGACCUUCGGAGUCCGUGACCGAGAGGCUGCCAAGAGGAAAGCCAAUAAGGAGAAGAUGACACCCGAGCAGGAGCUGGAGAAAUGCAUCCAGGACUUCCGUCGCAUUAGGAUUCCCGAUCGCUUUCCGGAGAGGAAGUACAUGUGGCAAUCGGAGCUCUUGAGAAAAUACCGUCUCUGAAUAUAGAGUGGAGGGCAGCCUCGUGCCCCCGGCUUAUAGUGAGCACCCACAAAGACACAAACUCCUUUUGUCCACCCAAAAAAGGACCUUGGGAUUUUGAAAUUUUCCACAUUCAGGCUCAAAAACUGCACCACAACGUUGUGCAUCCCCACCACAAAAACACGAGCACACAACUCUGAUUUUGUCGGCGAGGUGUAACUGAUCGUUCCCUGCUGACACUUUAAUGUAUCCAUCAACCUCUCGAGAGGGUCCGAAUGGAAAGUGGGCAUCACGAGCGCUGUUCGAAGCGAGCACUAUUUUUAGCAAGAUUCUGCAGUAGCACAAUAACUAUGAGGCAGUGUGAGUCAUUGAUUUGUACAGUGUACCACUGUGUAUGAUAUGCACACAUGUUUAUCAGGUUAUUCCUGUCAGGGUGGGGUGGGGGGCCUACAUCACUACCCUCUUCAUGUUGGUGGCGGUCUGAAGCAACAAAGCAACCUCAGGGGCAACAUCUUGUCAAGCUAUCAUAUUAUCGAUGGGCUCUCGAUUGCAGAUGGUGCUUUGAGUUCACUAUAGUCCACGGACAACACAAACUCGUUGUCGUCCUUGACAACGGCAUUGCAUGUCAUCUCACUCUGAUCAUAAUUGCCCAAUAUCACAAAAAAAAAAAAAACCAUGGAGAAAGCACUGCCUAGUUGUGUCUGCCACGGUAAAAUAGUUUCACGUCACGUCAUUGUUGGGUUGAUGAUGAUGAUACUGUGUAUAUGUAACACAAGUGGCGAUUGGAUCCUGUACCUGUGAAUAAAUGCAAAUAAAAGGGUAACGAUUGUAUGGGUUGAUAGUGAACCUUCUUAGUUGCAGGCACUCAAUCAGACAUCAGCAUUUACUGUCACAAAAAAGGAGUUUGGAUAACAUUUUCGUGGCAA